AAGGCGAUGACGGAUAUAGAUAAACUCAACAUCGACAGCAUCAUUCAACAGCUGCUGGAAGUGAGGGGGUUCAAGCCUGGGAAGAACGUGCAGCUACAGGAGAAUGAAAUCAGAGGGCUGUGCCUGAAAUCCCGGGAGAUCUUCUUCAGUCAGCCUAUCCUGCCAGAGCUUGAGGCACCACUCAAAAUCUGUGGUGAUAUCCAUGGGCAAUACUAUGAUUUGCUUUGACUUUUUGAGUAUGGUGGUUUCCCGCCAGAAAGCAACUACCUGUUUCUUGGGGACUCUGUGGACAGGGGGAAGCAGUCGCCAGAGACCAUCUGCCUCUUACUGGCUUACAAAAUCAAAUAUCCCGAGAAAUUUUUUCUUCUCAGAGGAAACCACGAAUGUGCCAGCAUCAAUAGAAUUUAUGGAUUUUAUGAUGAAUGUAAAAGAAGAUAUAACAUUAAGCUGUGGAAAACUUUCACAGACUGUUUUAACUGUUUGCCAAUAGCAGCCAUCAUGGAUGAGAAAAUAUUUUGCUGUCAUGGAGGUUUAUCACCAGAUCUUCAAUCUAUGGAGCAGAUUCUGCGAAUUAUGCGACCAACUGAUGUACCAGAUCAAGGUGGUCUUUGUGAUCUCUUGUGGUCUGACCCUGAUAAAGAUGUCUUAGGCUGGGGUGAAAAUGACAGAGGAGUGUCCUUCACAUUUGGUGCAGAAGUGGUUGCAAAAUUUCUCCAUAAGCAUGAUUUGGAUCUUAUAUGUAGAGCCCGUCAGGUGGUUGAAGAUGGAUAUGAGUUUUUUGCGAGGCAGUUGGUCACUUUGUUUUCUGCACCCAAUUACUGCAGAGAGUUUGACAGUGCAGGUGCCAUGAUGAGUGUGGAUGAAACACUAAUGUGCUCUUUGCAGAUUUUAAAGCCUGCAGAGAAAAAGAAGCCGAAUGCCACGAGACCCGUAACACCUCCAAGGGUUGCAUCAGGCCUGAACUCGUCCAUUCAGAAAGCUCCAAAUUAUAGAAUCAACACUGUUCUAUACGACUGACCGAUUAUGCUUUCUUUGGCCUACAUUCUUUAUUCUGCAAUGAAGUUGAGGCUUAUAAGUUAAAACUUUCCACCAGUUUAUACAGAACUUACAUUAUCUAUGACUUUUUUAAACCAAGAUCUGUUAAAAAGAAAUCUGUUUCAACAGAUGGCCGUGUACAAUACCAUAUGAUGGAAGUGAAUUCAGACUUAUUAAAUGACGAACUUAUUAAAUCCUCUCAGUGUCCAUUUGUCAGCACAGUACACACAAGAGAACUAUUGAUGGCGUAUUGGAUAGAUGUUAAUGAAUAAAUUGCUGUGGAAACCAAAAAAAAGAAA